AUGCCUGAGAGAGUCAUCGUCGUUGGUGCCGGCUUGUCCGGAUUGAGCGCAGCGCACACUGUCUACCUCGCCGGUGGCAAUGUCCUGCUUCUCGACAAGAACAACUUCAUGGGAGGCAACUCCACGAAGGCUACCUCGGGUAUCAACGGUGCCCUCACCCGGACUCAAGUCGACCACAAGAUCCAAGAUAGCGUCAAGCAAUUCUAUGACGACACCCUCAAAUCCGCCCGUGACAAGGCACGACCGGAUCUCAUCAAGGUCCUGACGUACAAGUCCUCCGCCGCCGUUGAGUGGUUGCAGGAUGUUUUCAACCUCGACCUCACCCUCGUCUCCCGUCUCGGUGGUCAUUCACAACCCCGAACGCACCGUGGCCACGAUGCCAAGUUCCCCGGUAUGGCCAUCACCUAUGCGCUGAUGCAGCGAUUCGAGGAGCUCGCCGAGGCCGAGCCGGAGCGCGUCCAGCUCGUCAAGAAGGCCAAGGUUACCAAGGUCCUCAAGGAUGGCAACUUGGCCACCGGUGUCAGCUACGAGCAGAACGGCGAGGAAGUCUCCGUCAACGGCCCCGUCAUCCUUGCGACGGGUGGUUAUGCCGCUGAUUUCGGCCCCACCUCGCUCCUCCAGAAACACAGGCCUGAUACCGUCGGCCUGGCCACCACCAACGGUGUCCACGCCACCGGUGACGGUCACAAGAUGUUGAUGGAGAUCGGUGCCAACGGCAUUGAUAUGGACAAGGUUCAGGUCCAUCCGACCGGUUUGGUCGACCCCAAAGACCCCGGCUCAAAGUGGAAGUUCCUGGCUGCCGAGGCUCUCCGUGGUGAGGGUGGUCUCCUGCUCAACAGCAAGGGCGAGCGAUUCUGCGACGAGCUCGGUCACCGUGACUACGUCUCCGGCAAGGAGUGGGAAGAGAAGGAGGCCGGCAACUGGCCGAUCCGCCUCGUCCUCAACUCCAAAGCCUCCAACGUCCUCGACUUCCACACCCGCCACUACUCCGGUCGCGGCCUUAUGAAGAAGAUGACCGGCGCCGAGCUCAUCAAGGAGAUGGGCUGCGGCGAAGCCGCCCUGGCCAAGACCUUCGCCACUUACAACGACAUCGCUGCCGGCAAGGCCAAGGACCCAUGGGGCAAGAAAUACUUCCACAACCUCCCCUUCGAUGUCAACGACACCUUCCACGUCUCCAUCAUGGAGCCUGUUCUCCACUUCACCAUGGGCGGCAUCGAGAUCAAUGACAAAGCCCAGGUCCUCAACUCCGAGGGCCAGCCCUUCGACGGCCUCUUCGUCUGCGGCGAGCUUGCCGGUGGCGUUCACGGCGCCAACCGCCUCGGCGGCUCCUCCCUCCUCGGCUGCGUCGUCUACGGCCGCGUCGCCGGCGAUUCCGCCUCCAAGUACCUCUUCCAGAAGCUCCUCAACGGUGGCGCCUCCGCCGCCCAGCAGCGUCUCGGCCAGAUCUCCCUGCACCUCGACCCCGCUCAGCCCGGCAAGCUCUCCGUCGAGUGGUCCGGUGCGUCGGGUGUCUCCGCUCCCGCGCAGCAGCAGGUCGCCGCCCCCGCCGCCGCGCCGGCCGCCAAGGCCGAACCGGCGAAGUUCAGCGUCCCGGAGAAGGAGUACACGCUCGAGGAGGUGGCUAAGCACAACAAGAAGGACGACCUGUGGAUCGCGGUCAAGGGCGUUGUCCUGGAUCUGACGAACUGGGUGGACGAGCACCCGGGCGGCCCGCAGGCGCUGUACAGCCACAUGGGGCGAGACGCGAGCGAGGAGUUCGAGAUGUUGCAUGACGACGAGGUGAUUCCGAAGUAUGCGCCGGAGGUUGUGAUCGGGCGGGUGAAGGGGCAGAAGAUCACGUUGGAGUAUUAG